GUGCAUAAUUUGUUCUUGCACAUUUUGCAAAAUAUACAUACUCCGCUGCAUUUAUUUUGCAUUUUAAUAGUAAUUUCUUUACGCUUGCUACAAAAAAAUCCUAACUUUCCCGUACCGGUAUAAAAAUCGCGUAUAUUUUCAGAGAAAAACAAUAACAUACAUGCACUAUAUAAGGAGAAUAAGGAAAUAAAUAUUUUGUUUUAUCCAAUGUUAUCUAAUUGCUUUUAAAAACGGCAUUGACACAAAUUUUCGUUGAAAAAUAAAUCUCGGAAAUAUAAUUAAAUAAACAUUUAAAACGUAAAAAAUUGUAUAAUUAAUUUUUGACGAGUAAGUCGAAAUUACAAAAUGAAUGUAAACAGUUAUUUGUCGCCCCGUAUGAUGGUGGGAGCAGCUAUCGUAGGCCUCGUUGGUGCUGCUGGAGUCUUUAUAUAUGAACAAGUUUAUGCCGAAAAGAGACGAGCGAUGCUUGUCAGCGAAGUUGCAAGGUUGGAUCGGCAAGUGGCUUCCAUGAGGACAGAGCUUGAAGCUCUUCGAGAGCUGCAGAAAGAGACACAUAUGCGUCGCGCGCGUCCCAAGCCGCGAGUCAAGCGUGAAGUGGCUCCGGCGGGCGACGCCACAGACUCGGAAUACUUCACGGAUUGCCAAUCCUUAAUAGGUACAGAUAUCGACAUGGACAGCGAAGAGUUCUACGACGUCCCUUCAGACGAAGAGGACACGCUCCGUGAGUCGCUGCGGAACGGGCACGUCGCGAAAGUUGACAAUGAGAAUACAACAAUAACCGACGACUCAAAAUCUUCGAAGGACAGCACGUAGCUGAGAGAAUAAAAAUUAUAGGUAUAAUAGACAAGGAUUAAUAUGGUGUUAGCCGGGAAGGGAAUAGAUGUAGAACUUUGGAUCAAAACGAUUACAUUAUUCGUGUUAUGGAUUUUAUAUCAAAGCAUAAUCUUCUCUCCAUAAUUUCAAGUUUAAAUACCUUGUAGCUAAUAGUGAAUUCAGACGGUAUACAAUAAAUGAGCCCGAAUAAACAUGAACCAUAAAUAUGAGCCAGAAGUUAUGUCACUUCGAUUGUGAGAAGUUGUAAUUGUGAAUUCGUUUAUUUUUGUAUGUUAAUAAUUUUAAACCUCAUUUGACUGAGUUUUUGGGCUAUUGUUUCCUGUGACAAAAGAAAAAUGUAUGUAUAUAUGUUAUGAAUUUAUAUGUAUGUUAAGGGGGUAGGUAUUGUGUCCCAUGGUGCAAGUUUUAGGAUUAUAUAAUUACAUUUUUUUAUAUGACAUCGAUCGGAAUUUUCGUCAUAUUUGGUUAAUUAUACUAGCUCACUUCCAUUUAUAUGUGUAUAUAUAUGAAUUUCAAAUCAUACAAAUAUAGUAUAUUAUAUGUUAUUGGCUAAUGUAAGCGACACAAUGGCUCUUUAAAAUUGAUUGUGAGUUUCCAUUCGAUACGCGAAGGUCCUUUUAUUGUAGAUCGAUGGUACUCGAACUUAACGUAACAUUUACUGUAGAAAAUUUGAGCUCAAUUAAUGGACAGACAAUGAAACAUUGAUUUAUGUAUACAUAUAUAUCUAUAUGGUAAAAUUUGGUUUUAUGUAGGGGGUAAUGGUAGAAAGUUACAUUAUACCUGCGUGCUAUAAUUUUAAUAAUUUUAUUUAUUAACAAAUUGAACGCAUCAGAAGCUGGGUCGGUUAGCUAGUGUAUAAACUGUGCAUGCUCAAAACUAGCUACCCGCCGCGUCUUCAUACGUGAACAACUUUCAGAUGGAACAAAUAUAUAGAGAAAAAAAAUCUUGAUAUUUCCGGUCAUGAAGAUUGAAAUUCUCGGCUUUUUUUCUAAUAUAAUAUGCAUUUAUUUUACAUAUAAAACUUCCUUGAAGCACUCUGUUUAUUUAAAACUGCAUUUAAGUUUGCCGCGUAGUUUAAAAGAUCUGAACGUACAGACGGGAAGCAACUUUGUUAUAUACUAUGCUGGGAUGAAUAAAUUUGGCGUUAUAAAUGUUUGCUGUACAUAUCUCUUUCUGUCUCCAUAGAUUCGACAUUUAAAAGAAAAAGACAGCAUUAUUUAACGAAUCUCUUCUAAACAUUUGUAGGUGUAACAAAUGUAUGUUUAAUAAAGAUUUUUCAAUCAUUAUGUAACAUAAAAUUUAGCUCUUUAAAGCUCAUAUAAACUCAACGUAAUGGAAUUAAUUAAUUUAUUUAUUCCAGUUUGAUUAUAUUUAUAACAAUGAUUAAAUCUAAACUCAUUGACAUGUUGACUUAACGAAAUUUCUUAACGAAGAUUUCUCUAGUCAACUGAUAUACAUUAAUUUGCACGAUAGGCAGACCUAGAAUAAUACCUGGAACACCCCCCCCCCCCACAUGAGCGACGACCUACCUAGUAUGAAUAUAUAACUGAAAUUUAAUAUACUUCUGAAUUUCCCACCAAUAUAUAAGUCAUUAGUUUUGUAGUUACAAUGAUAUUAACAUGAAAUGUAUAAUUAUUAUAUUUUUUAUAUAUAUUUUUUCGUAGUCUUCAAUUGUGUCGAAGCUAUUCGAUAUUAAAGUCGUUUAUUUUUUGUUUAUUUUGUAAUAGUAAAUCAUUGUUGUAAAAUAACGAUAUAAUGUUAUGUGAAGUAAAAAUACGCUAUAUUGAUUUUUGACCUUUAAUUGAAAAUAAGACAGUGAUUUGACUAAUUCAUAAUUUUAAUAUUUUAAUUUUUAUUCUUGGUAUAUUUUCUUGACGGGAACGUAUGUUUUUUGUAUAAAAGUUAUGUAUAAUACAGAUUCAACUAAUAUUCUGUUGUUUUUUAUUUCUGUUUGUUUGUAUAUUUAUGUAUAUAUUUGUUAUAAUUGUUGUGUAUAUGAAUGAUAAUUGCGUCGUUAGUGUCGUGACUUCAGUACAUGUCCUCAAUUUUAAUCGGAAGCGUCAUUCGCGCAAUUAAGGGCCGCUUAGAUUAGCUUACUUUAAAAAGUCGCUGGAUCGAUCUCGACCCCUUGGGCUUUUGUCAUGCCCGCUCCUAACCCAAGCUUUAAGCUUAAACGGACAUGACUAAAAAUAAAUUGUACACAAAUAAAAAGUUUUAAUAUUAAAAAUAGAUCUCUCUUUUACAU